AGCGGUCACGUGCAUGAGUGUCGGGUCGCAUUACUUCAGUAGCUUGCAAGUCGCGGCGGCGACGAUAUGCGCGUUUAUUUAUGAUUAUCUGUCAUUUAAACGUUUCCUGGACUUCUGUUUUGGUCCUAGCCCUUGUAAUAUUGUUUGCAAUGUCUUCAGACGCCGGUGACAAAUAUGUUUCUGUAGAUUUUGAAGUGUUCGGGGAUGUUCAGGGUGUUUGCUUCAGAAUGUAUACAGAAGCAGAAGCGAGGAAACUCGGCGUGACGGGCUGGGUGAAGAACACUAGACAGGGCACGGUGGUGGGACAGGUGCAAGGAAAUGCCGAAAAAGUUAAAGAAAUGAAGUACUGGCUCAGUAAGGUGGGCAGUCCCAGCUCUCGAAUCGACCGCACUCAGUUCUCCAAUGAGAAACCGAUCUCUAAACUGGAGAUUCGUGGAUUUGGCACUCGCUACUGAAACCCAGCCAGUCUAAUCUGCACUGACAAACAACAAACACAGAUACUUGGUAGAUGUUUACCAUGUAGUUUACAAGAAGACACUUUACAAAAAAAACUAAAUAUUUACCCCAUUAUAAUUUGUUGUUUGUAUUUGUUAGCAUAGGGUUGUAAAUAUGAAUAAAUUAUUUGAUGUUAUGUAAGCAAAACACAAACCAGAGUUGCCAAUAUGAUUAUAUCUGAUACUUUUAUUCAAACUCAACAGGAAAGAUAAUAAAAUAUGAAAGGUUGUAUUGUAUUUGGAUGUUUUUUUUUUGUUUUU